CCAGACAGAGGAGAGGUGUCUCUGCAAUCUGAAAAUAGUGCCUUUUACCAAGAAGAGGACAGAAGUGUCGUUUUGAAGGCUGAGGGUCAUGGUGUAAGGGCUUUUGAAUCGAAAUCUUGGUGUCACGUAGAUGAGGCCGCAACACAGACCUGUGACCAAACUUGUAUGAAGCGUUUGGUGGACACGGAGGGGAUGGUGCAGAGGACAGACGGCCUAAAGCCUAGCAUGGCACAAGGAGUGCCACCCAAUGGCAAGUCUCCCAGUCACUCCAGAUCUCUUCAUAGUAACUGUAUUUCCUCCAUAUUUGUUUUCACCUGCGCAGAGGAAGAAGAGAGGGAAACAAGCCCAGGUGACAAAACAGAGGGUGAAAUACGUGUGAAGAGUUCAUUCAGUGUGUCACAAGACCAGCUGAGUGACCCUCAAAAGUUAGAAAGUGGUGAAAAAGAAUCACUGCAAGCAAACUAUAGAGAGACAACUGAAGAUGACAUAGAGACUGUCAAGUCAGAUUCUAAAACAACCUGUGAGGGGGAAACAGGCACACAAAGAUAUGAGGCAGUGCCACGUCAGGAUAUACUGUCCUGCGUUAGUUCUAGUACAACGGAGAACGCUGAUUUUGAAACUAAUCAAAUAGAAAAAAAUUAUGAAACACACCGAGUAUACAACUGCAAAUAUAAUGGUCUUAAUGUUAUACCACCGUUAAGUCUGAGUUUUAAUCCAGUUAUACAGAAGUCAGAAAUAGUAGAGAAUUCUGUUAGUAGUGGUAAAAGCGCAAAAUGGAAGGGAAUUUACUGUGAAUCAGUUGAAGACGCUCCUGGUAUCUUUGGUCCUAAUACAUCAGGGUUGAGCAGACCAAAACUAACACGUAAAGAAGAGGAAGAGAGACUUUAUUUGGAGAAAGAUAGUAUUGAUCCCAAAAUUAUUGACUGCCUGGGUCCAUAUGGGACAAAUGAACGUGCACACCGUUUCAAAGAAGGAAACACCAAGUCCACUCUUAAACAGUCGACUUUAAAUGGUGAAAUGGGUUUUAUGGGAAAUGCUAAGGUGAGUUUUGAGAAAAUAGAGUCAUGUGACACUUCCAGUGGGCUUUUCUUUUUGGUUGGUGUUGAUCCCGCCCUAGUGGACAGAUACACAGCUGCCCCCUGCAGUGUGGCCCAGGGGAUUCCCGCUGUCCCCGUGGACAACAAAGACACUGUCAUACCAAGUAGUGGCCACAUUUCAUCACUCACAGAAGGUAUCCUAAAUAGAUCUGAACAUCCGUCAAAAGUGAAUUGGCAGAGUGUCCCAGAAGGAGUCUCCUGUUUUUUGAGUGAAUUUUCUUAUUACCCGAUGGGAGGGUUAGGAAAUCCAGUAUUUUCUGAAAGACUGGCCAGUGGUUAUGGUGGGUAUCAAGUGCGCUAUCUCUGGACUAAUACAGUCACAAAAGGUGCACUAGAAGGUGAAACAGUAUUUAGUGAGGAUCUACACCACAAGCCACAGGGCUUGGAAAUUGCUUCGUUUUCAGAAAACACUCCUCAGCUACCGGUGUCACAGGACGGUGUUAUUUGGGGAUGGCAUGAUAGAGACGGACAGUUCGUACCAGCAACUAAGGUUUCAGAGCUGAACCCUAAUGCAGAAGUGUGGGGGGCUCCUGUGUUACGUCUGGAAGCAAGCAGUGCUGCUGACGGUGUGAGUGCCGCAUGGGAGGAGGCGGCUGGCCACCACGCAGACCGUGGCCCACAGGGAUUGGAUGCCAGUGGUGAUGGUGACCAGAGCCAUGAGAAUGCAGCAUUGCCAGACCCGCAGGAGUCGGACCCAGCAGACAUGAACGCGCUCGCUCUGGGUCCCUCGGAAUAUGACUCUCUGCCUGAAAAUAGCGAGACAGGAGGAAAUGAGUCUCAACCAGAAAGCCAGGAAGACCCCCGGGAAGUACUUAAAAAAACAUUGGAAUUCUGCUUAUCUAGGGAGAACCUUGCUAGUGACAUGUAUCUUAUAUCACAGAUGGACAGUGACCAGUAUGUGCCAAUCACAACGGUGGCUAACCUCGACCACAUCAAGAAGCUCAGCACUGAUGUGGACUUGAUUGUGGAAGUGCUAAGAUCUUUACCUUUAGUCCAAGUGGAUGAAAAGGGAGAGAAAGUAAGGCCAAAUCAGAAUCGCUGCAUAGUAAUAUUGCGUGAAAUACCUGAAUCUACCCCUGUGGAAGAAGUAGAAGCACUAUUUAAAGGAGAUAAUUUACCAAAAUUUAUAAACUGUGAAUUUGCAUAUAAUGAUAAUUGGUUUAUUACAUUUGAAACAGAAGCUGAUGCACAACAGGCUUACAAAUACCUUCGAGAAGAAGUCAAAACUUUUCAAGGAAAACCAAUUAAGGCGCGGAUAAAAGCAAAGGCAAUAGCUAUAAACACAUUUUUGCCAAAGAAUGGAUUUAGACCCCUGGACGUGAACCUGUAUGCCCAGCAGCGCUACGCGACAUCGUUCUACUUCCCUCCCAUGUACAGCCCCCAGCAGCAGUUCCCCCUGUACAGCCUGAUCACGCCCCAGACGUGGUCAGCAACGCACAGCUAUCUUGACCCACCCCUGGUAACUCCAUUUCCAAAUACUGGAUUUAUAAAUGGGUUUACGUCUCCAACGUUCAAGCCUGCGGCGUCUCCUCUGACUUCUCUCAGACAGUAUCCUCCUCGAAGCAGGAAUCCUAGUAAAUCUCAUCUGCGGCAUGCAAUUCCUAGUGCGGAGAGAGGACCUGGGUUAUUAGAAAGUCCUUCAAUAUUUAACUUCACUGCAGAUCGAUUAAUUAAUGGUGUCCGGAGUCCACAAACAAGGCAAGCAGGUCAAACUAGAACACGGAUACAAAACCCUUCAGCAUAUGCCAAGAGAGAGGCUGGGCCUGGGCGCGUGGAGCCAGGCAGUCUUGAAUCUUCUCCUGGUUUAGGGAGGGGAAGGAAGAAUUCCUUUGGCUACCGGAAGAAAAGGGAGGAGAAGUUUACAAGCAGCCAGACACAGUCUCCGACGCCACCAAAGCCUCCGUCGCCAAGCUUCGAGCUGGGGCUGUCCAACUUCCCUCCAUUACCUGGAGCUGCGGGCAAUUUGAAGACAGAGGACUUGUUUGAAAACAGGCUAUCUAGCUUGAUAAUAGGACCAUCCAAAGAAAGGACCCUCAGUGCAGAUGCAAGUGUGAACACCCUUCCUGUAGUGGUCUCCAGAGAGCCCUCAGUGCCGGCUUCUUGUGCUGUAUCAGCAACGUACGAGCGAUCCCCCUCCCCAGCUCAUUUACCUGAUGAUCCCAAGGUGGCGGAGAAACAGAGGGAAGCCCACAGUGUGGACAGACUUCCUCCCGCCCUCACUGCGACCGCAUGUAAAUCGGUGCAGGUGAACGGAGCCGCCACGGUACGUACCUCGUGCCUGCCUUCCUGCACGACAGCCGCGAGGCUCUGGUGUGAACAGACGCUGCGCACUCCUGCACCUGCUCGUUUUUUAAUCACAUCUAAUUUGGAAUUGCGAAAGCCCAGCUACGCGGAGAUUUGUCAGAGAACAAGUAAAGAGCCUCCUUCUUCCCCAUUGCAACCCCAAAAAGAACAGAAGCCAAACACUGUUGGUUGUGGGAAGGAGGAAAAGAAGCUGGCAGAGCCCGCGGAGAGAUACCGGGAGCCCCCAGCCCUCAAGUCCACACCUGGAGCCCCCAGAGACCAGAGGCGGCCGGCCGGGGGCCGGCCCUCGCCCUCGGCCAUGGGGAAGCGUCUCAGCCGAGAGCAGAGCACUCCCCCCAAGUCUCCUCAGUGAAAACCGUACGUCUGGGAGGGGCCGCAGAGCGCUGUGUUAACCACAAACGACACUCAGUGCGAGGGCGAGCCGCUGGUUAGGAGCUUGCAGUGUCUGAGGCCUGUGGGAUCCUCAAGUUGGUUUUCUUCUGUGAGUUGGAUUCUCCCCCUCUUGAAAAAAAAUCGAUUUUUCAGGAUUUAAUUAAUACAAACCUUAUUUUAGGUUGGUGCUUAACUGGAGGUGAUGCAUAAGUCUGAUUUUUUUUUCCAAGAUAGAAAAAGCAUUUAUCCUAACAAAUUGGUAUUUUUUAUUAAGCCUCCAUGUGGCUCUGAAUGCAAGCUAUAUAUAGUGAGUUUUUCUAAAUUAAGGGAACUCUGCUACUUUUUUUUUUUUAGUAACUGGUCUGCAAGUGCAUAUCUCUAGAAUGUCCCCGCAGAUGAAUGAGGGCCAGUGGCCUUGGCAGAGGCAGGUGUGGCCUCGUAGAGGCAGUGCUGGCCGCGCCAGGGCAACGGCGCUGAUGUGGGAGCUGUGCUUCUACCUAAGCCGUUGGUAGGGGACUCUGGCAUUUAAGAAUGUAGAGAGCGCGUCCUUUUUGAUCUCCUGGGCAGAGUGAACCUGCAGGGGCCACCCCAGAGAGACCUGAAACCUUGGUUCUGAUGCACUGCAAGCAAGUAACCAGCUUCUCACUCCAGUUUCAAGUGGCUAUUAUGUAAUAUAAAUUGAAAGCACAUUGUGAAUAGAACCUAAAUGAAAACAUACACUUGGUUGCCCACUGACAUGUUACCAGAAGUUGUACCAUGAUGUUGAUUUGACCCCUGUGAGCUGACGGCCCCAGCCCUGCUCUGUGCACAUUUCUGUCCGUGUUCCCCAGCACUCUGGUUGGAGAGAGUCCACAUCUUCAGCUCCGUGUGGACAUCUUCCCGUACCUCUGCAUCAGCACAUGGAUUUCAGAGUUACGUAAUCGUGAGAGAAUGGUGUUUGUGGUUUUCCCCCUCUUUGGCUGGUGGAGGAUAAAGUUCCUGCUCUUUUACCUCCAAGACGAGGGCCUCAUUGAUUCACUUCCAGAAGUGCUGCACUUCUGAAGAACAAGGAUGCACUAAAGGUAGCAAGUUUAUAAUAAAGUUAAAUAUAAAUUAUUUUGUUUUAAAAUGCCUCAAAUUUUUCUUUAAGUAUUCUAAGCAGCAAACAUUAAAAUAAGAAUAUUUCCUGCUACAUGUAACCAUACACUUUAUUCCACAAAAUGUUAUUUAACAAGACUGAGGGUUUUUUUUAAGAAAAAAAUUAUUUCCAUCCAAUAUUUAAAGACUUGAAUUUUAUUUAAACUUGAAAAUGACUUUGCCUUAACUUUUGUAUAAGACAGCUUAGAGUCCAUGGAGCCCGGCCCUGGGUUGGCGUGAGUGGGUCAGAGUUACUCAGUUCCUGUGUGGAUCUCCUGUCGCUGGUUUUACUGAGUAAGCAGAGUGUAGUACAAGAGCUAGCAGUAGUUUUUGUAAUAUACCUUAAAGAUCUUCAACAGUUGAUCUUUUUUCAGAAUGUUGGGAAAUCCUGUAAAUGCAAAUAGUCAAUACUGUAUUAAAUACGUGCACUCGGAGUGUGCUUCGCUUGUACAGUUGUAAAUAAUCAGAACAUAUGGAAAAGGUACCUACAGAGAAAAUUCUGAUACAAAUUAUUGAUAUAUUAUAAAUGUUGCUGUUGAGCUGGAUGUAGAUAAACUAAAUGUUGUGGUUUGAAUAUUAUUUUGAUUUGUUGAGAUUUUCUUUUUUCUCUUACAUCGGUGUGUUGAACUGAUUCUGCCUCUUUGCUGCAAAAGGGAAUUGGAAAGUCUUAUUAAAAGCCUCCAGAUGUUUUCAUACUCUUUUAAAAUGUAUGUAAAUGCAUACUAAUCAUAUCUAACGUGAAAGAGUUUUAAAGUAUGUAGAGAGCAAAAACUGGCAGGAUCAUAAGUGGAGGUGAAAAGUAAUCUAAUUAAAAUCACUUGCAGCUAAGCAUGAUUUACCUGCCAGAGGAAAACAUGCCUGGCAUUUUUGACCAUUUCCUUUAAAGCAGUUGCUAUUAUUCAAAUACAGAGAAACAGCCACAGGGCUAGUGUUUUUCAAAUGCAUUUUAAAGAAACAUGGGGAUUUAUUUUUUUGUAGUUGUCAGUUCACUGACCAAAAAAAAAAGAAAAAAAAAAAUCAGAAAUAAUUGAUCUCUGAAACCCAAACUCUCAAUAUUCUAAAAGCUGGGAGGCAACCCCAAGGCCUGGCUACGAGGUGCAUCUUCGCUACAGAAGGACCAGGGGCGCCAUCAGCCAUUCCCAAAUCACAAGGCCUGCGCCUCCGCCAGUGAGUCCUUGGUUUUUAAUAAUGAGAAGUCCUUUCCCCCAAGGUGUGAGCAUUGCAGCGCAGUGUGUGUGUGUGGUUCGAGCCAGCUUAGUCCUUCACUUUGUUUGUCGGCUGAAGUGUGAGCUCAACAGCUGCGUGAAGAGGGCAGCGCGUGCGGUAGCCAGUCGCCACUGGAGGGCUCUGCUGCCAUCCGGUCAAUACACUGUAGUUACUGCCUAGCCAGCAGCAGUCUUUUGCAUCAAGAGCAGAAACCUUGCUCGGAUGCGAUUUUUAUAGCAUCCUUUUUAAUUAAACAAAGGUGAAACACAGAUAGCUAUAUAAUGUCCAGAAACCCCUGAUACUAUUUUGAAAGUGUCCACUCAGAAGAAAAUGAGAGUUACCAUAAUGGGAAGCUGUGGUGGUCCAUGCCGACUAGGCUGUGUCACGUACAGCGAUGAGAGUGGCUUUCAUGCUUUUUUUUUAAGUUAACACCCUCCUUUACCCCCAGCAGUAUCUCAGGUUAUAGAAUCAGAGAUGCAGCAGCGACAAAUGGCAUUUUAACUUGUAAAAUCGUGUGAUGAUGCUUAUCAUUUUGAAAUAGAAGAAUAAAAACCUGGCCCCGUUUCACCAGACAUGAAUUUCAAGUGGAGUCGUCGUUCUCUGAGAGCGAGUGUCUUGACAUUUCCACCCAGGCCCUCCUGUCAUCACAUCACCGGCUGUCAGUGGCGGGUGGCAGUAAACGUCCUGCGUUGCUGUAUUAGGAUCUCUGCAGUUCAGGCUUAACAACCAGUUCAGUGUAUCCGGGCGACGGGUAGCGGUGGUGCAUGCCUGUCUGCGUGCCCCGCUGGCGAGCUGUAGUUGUGACUUGCGUGCCUCGCGGCCCCCUACCGGGUUGCAGACAAUCGAGGCGAGGGCACUGGCUGCCGGCAGUCCACAGUGGGGCCACGUGGAACGCUCCUUGAGGGUUUCGUUUUGUUCUGCUUCUUUUCAUUAAGACUGGAAUCAAGCUUACAUGUAAACUAUUGGUAAUUUAAGUUUCCUUUGGUGUCAUUCAGUGUAAAACUGUCUAAUUUGAAAAAAAAAAAUGUAGGUUAUGAAAAUAAAGAUUUAGGCACUGUUCAA